AUGUCCACCAGAGAAACCGCAAAAAAAGCGGUGGAAGAAAUUGCUGCGAAGCUUGGACAUGUUGAUUCGGCGAUUUUGGAUCGCAUUGGGAACCUGCUUCCUGAGGAGCGACGCAUAAUUGAACAGAGUCUGCGUGCGAAGGACGAGAAGAUUGGCCAUUCAAUCAAGACGUACUCGCAAGAAACCUUUACAACAGUAAUGCUCGGGUUUGUCUUCGAGCUUCUGCAAAAUGCAGACGAUAAUCGCUUUACGCUCGCACGGGAACACAACGAAUUACCCUUUAUUUCGUUUAAGGUCUAUCCCGAUCGUAUCAUUGUAGAGUGCAAUGAGGAUGGAUUCAGGACUGAAGAUCUCUCAGCUAUCUGCUCUGUUGGGGAGAGCACCAAAGCCGCAUCUCACGGCUACAUUGGGGCAAAGGGUAUCGGGUUCAGGUCCGUUUUCAUCGCGGCUUGGAAGGUUCAUAUCCAGUCCGGCAAUUUUUCCUUUCAUUUUAAGCAUAGAAUAGGUGAUCUUGGUCUUGGAAUGGUUCUACCAGUGUGGGAGGACCCUGACUACGAAUGCCCUGAUCGCUUAACCCGAAUGACUCUUUAUCUUCACACGGAAGGAGAGCCGCACGCGCUCGAGCACCUCCGCCAAACCAUUUUCCAGCAACUCGGUGAUCUUCAGCAAACUUCUUUACUCUUUUUGCGGAACCUCAAGCAGGUAGGAAUCUUCUUUUAUGAUGGCAAUGGUGAGAUGAGGCGAUCUAAGACUUUUCGUGUUCGUGAUGCGCCUGGCCACAGUGUCUUCCUCGAGGCUACUGUCGUGGAUGGAUAUGAGAAUUCUACCACGGUUGAGCAACGCUACCAUGUCACCAGGCACACUGCCACCGGGCUUCCGACGAGCGACAGUCGCAACGCCCUAGGUACACAGGAAACCGAUACGACAUUGUCGGAGGCGGAGGUCGUCUUGGCUUUCCCUCUCACAGUGGAUUCAAGACCUUUGCUUGAGAAACAGGAAAUAUUUGCCUUUUUACCAGUCCGCGAGUCGAGGUUCAAAUUCCUGAUACAAUCCGACUUUGAUACUAGCGCAAAUCGGCAAGAUAUCUCUACGAAUUCGAGAAGAAACCUUUGCCUAUUGCCCCAUAUUGCCUCGGCAUUUGUGAAGGCAGUGUUGGAAUUCUGCGAGGAUCCAGAGUUGUGCUACGCAUGGCCAAGCUUCCUUCCUUCGUUAGAAGAUGACAUGGGUAGCUUCUGGUCUCCUCUGGCUCGAUCGAUCAGGGAUUUGAUUGCCAUUACCCCGGUUUGGAGGUCGAGGCAUGACAACGGCCUUCGUGUGAUAAACUCCGUUGUGAUCCUUCCAGGUGACUUUAUGGAUAGCGAUGGGAAUCCAUUGCUGGAUGACCCAAGCUUGGAUCCGUUUCUAUCCACCGCCUACCCGGCCGCCCUAGAAGAAACUCUCCGAGAGUACGGACUCAGGAUGGGGUCUUUUGAUCUAGUUCUCAGAAUGCUGAAAAGUGAUCUUGAAAGUUCUACCUCGAGAGUCAAGUCGCAUGCUACCAGCGCAGACUUCCACUCCCGCAUUUCACAACUUCUGUUGAGGAUUGAAAACGAGGACGAGUAUGAAAUGCGUUACCUCAAUGAGCUUGCUAUUCUUCCUCUACGAAAUGGUGAAUGGGUGUCCGCUAACAGCGGCCCGAUAUAUUUGCCAAAGACUGGUGAAAUUGACAUCCCGGCCGACGUGGAUAUUCGCAUUUUGGAUCCAGCAGCGGUUGUCAAUGAAGACCGCAGAGCUUUCUUCACACACUUGGGAGCUGUGGAGCCGUCGGUCAGCGCAGUUCGAUCUGCAAUACUGGCGAAUUAUAGUCCCUUGUAUAGCGAGGUGUGCAUGGAAGAUUCGAAAGCUCAUCUUCAUUACCUUUAUCUGACUCACGGGCGCCAUCAAAAUGAAGAUGAUUUUUGCGAUUUUCAUGUUUACUGCGAGCAUGACCUUACGAGGAAUCCACACGAGGAAGAGAUCUAUCUGCCAAGCAACCAUCCAUAUGGACCAGAGGCCCUCCUGGGGCGAACGGAGUACUCCCAGGGCAUGGAAGUAUUGCUCAUGCAUUCAACGUAUCUUGAGAACAUUCCAACAAGGCCUCAUCCAAACCACCCGUCGUGGCGCGUAUGGCUAAUAUCUUCACUUGGAAUUCACGAACGACUGAGUCUUGUUUCAUCCGAUGGUGAUUCUCUGUCAGACAGCUGGGCCUAUGUCGCGGAGUCUCGCCCUGGAAAGCUUCUUGGACUGUUGGAGUAUCUCUGGAAACACCAAAGGUCCGAACUGUGCCAGAAUGCUGAUCUCAUCAUGGAAAUUCAAAACACGAAUGCAACAGGACUUUGCAAUAUGGAUCUGGCUGAUGACUGUCGGCUUCGCGAAACAUAUCUGCCUCUAUCCAAUCUUCAGGCCCUUUGUCAACGUUUUAUGGAGGAAGAUGAACCCUUUCCGUUCCUAUACCUUGAAGAAGGACUUUCAGAUCAGGAACUCUACUCCAAGUGGAUUUUUCUUCACAAUGAUUUCUCAGUCGGGAAGGACGACGACAUGGAUUUCCUCCUUAAUGUGCUGUAUUGGAUCCAGAGCGCGAAUCCUGAUGAAUCCUCCCUUACCUCGUAUGAGCGACUAUGGGAUUUAUAUAUUGCAAUUGAUGCAAAGCAUCUUGCUGCCGAGAACAGAAUGGCCGCCAGGGACAGCAUCAAAUUCUUUUUUGAAGACGGUGACUACAUUUUUGUUCCUGAAGUCCGAGCGGAUGAUCCAUAUGAUGCAGCAUGGGUCGGGCUUGACCACUGCCUGUGGGACGCACCACCAAAUAUGAUUUCGAAGUAUUCUCUCAAAUACGUCUUCGAGCAAAUUGUCGAGGAAGGUCAACUGGAACAUCUUUCACGAUUCUUCGGGCAAACAUUGAGCAUUCCCAAUGCCUCAUGGUCAGAUCUGACAGAGGAACUGGUAGAGCGGAGCCAGAACCACUGCGUCGACUUCGACCAAAUCUUCGACAUGUACAAGCGCGAAUUCGAGGAUGAAAGUCUGAUCUUUGUGACCACAAACGGCGAACCCGGCUGGUACAAAAUCUCCGAUUGUUUGUGGUCAAGUACUACGGAUAUACGUGGGAAGGUAACCCUGAAUGACCAUUACGAGGACCUGAAAGAUUUCUUUAUUGAUACUUUGGGAGUCAACACGCUGACCCUUCAGAUGGUAUAUGAUGAGCUGUUGGAAACAAGCUCGGAAUCAACAAUCGACGAGACAAAAAGUAAGAUCUGGUCUCUCAAUGCUCUCCUUCAAACAGAGGGAGAUUAUGCCGAUCCGGAUCCACUGCUGGAAAGAUCGGUAUUUCCCGUUGUUUACCCAGAUGGAACGAAGGGGCUCACAUCUGCUGCUACGGAGUUCGCUAUUCCUGACCGGGAACACCUGGCAUCACAAUUCAGAGGCAGGAUCAAGAUGCUUGACUUCAGUCUGGAAGAAGUGCGUCGUCUGAAAGUCUUUUUCGAGUGGACAAAUCUCACACAUCGCUACUUAUCUGCAUCCAUCAAGGAGUUAACUUCCUUCUCUGGCGAGAGAACGCAACUAAUUUCAGCGCCACACCGAGACUUGAAAAGAAAGGCGCAUGCAAUUCUCCGAGUCGCGGCCACGUUCAAUAGCCCGAGGUAUCACGCGAAUCCACCGGGGCUUUACGAGUUACUUCGGACGGCCAGGAUUGAAGCCACAGAUGGGGUUUCCUCGAUUCUGAGAAUCUCCCAAGAUGGCGUAGUGGCGGACGUUGAAGAAUUGAUUGGCAAAUUGCACAUCAAUGAAGAGCCAUCUGGUCUCACUGUUUAUGUGCCGAAAGACAAAAAGGCCCAAGAACUUUGCUUCUGUGACCUUUUGCCUAAAAAACUUAUCGACUGGCUCAUGCGGGAUCCGGCCACACAAAUUCCUGACAACAUCGAAAGCGAUGCAGUAACUGUAAUCUCCAUGAUCUUGAGUAUCGAUCCUUCCGCUACCGACCUUGUUUUGGAACGCCAGGGUAUUAUCGAAAUUGACGUACCGAACGAAGACCCCGGCACUGAUGAUGAGAGCAUUGAUGAUUAUAUACCAUCCCAACGGUCACAAAGUCAGGAUCGAUCCGCCGGUGAGGUUCCACUAUACUCACCAGAUAUUCUCACCCCGUCUACCUAUCAAAAUCGCCGACUCUCGGGCGAUGCCUUAGAGCAAGUGAUUUUUCGACAAACCCAGAUGGCCUACCAUUCACCCAACCCCAAUCGCAACCGUCCACCACAGAUGUACUCGCCACGUGACCAUACAUCGGAGGACACUAUGCAGUACCGUACGCUCCUCAAUAGGGUAAUAUUGGCUGCGAGGAGAGCCACAUUUCCCUCGAGUGGACCGUUCAACAUGAGCGAACUGAAUGAAGUACUAUUGGGAGAAGAAAUCCUCCAUCAAUUCGAUGGCUUCGACGGUAUUGACAUGAGGAACGCGUUUCGCUCAGACAGCCAGCUUGAAAGAGACAAGAAAAUUGGCGCCGCAGGAGAGCUAUAUGUUUUCGAAUUACUUACACAGCUGGUCCCAGCUCUAACGGACUGGAGUUAUCUGAAUUGGCAGAGUACAAUUCGUCGAUAUGUCACGAUCCACCCGGACUACGCCAACAUGGAACCUUGGUAUGGGAGGGAGACCGCAGACAUUACAUAUGAUGAUACCGAGGGCGAUUUCACGGCCCUGCUCAUUGAUAACGGGUACCUUGACGCUGAAGAAUGGAGGGACAAGCGUCCAAAAUAUUACAUUGAAGUCAAGACGACCACAGGGCCUUUGAGAACCCCUUUCUACAUGAGCAAGCAUCAAUAUGAAAGAAUGCGGGCCGUGCACAACAUGAGCGACCAUUCAGAGGUUUACAUGAUUCUACGCGUGUUUGAUAUACGUGGGGAUAACAUUGGAAUGAGUGUAUAUCUUGACCCGGAACAGCUCAGGUUGGACGGAGGACUUGUAUUUACUGGGGAGACUUGGUCAAUCGUUCCCAGCUAG